UUCUUGUUUCUGUGUUUUUUGCGUUGUUUUGUGCUUUGUUUGAACAUUAAAUAUAUUGAAAAAUCGUACAUAUAUUUUGAUUAGUUUUUGUUCACGUGACACUCAGGAAACGUUCAAAGAAACGGCAAUUAUUACUUAAUUUGCAUAUUUAAAAGCGCUCUAGGUGAGUGAAAAGCCAUGGCCGAAACAGAGACGAAGCACCAUCCCGAGCAUCAUGAUGAGGAUGUGCAUGAUGCCAACUACCAAGCACCGCCAGAGAAGACCAUCGAGGAGAUAAUGGCCGCCGAUCAGGAGGAUGAGAGUUUGAGACGCUACAAGGAGGCACUCCUGGGUGCAGCCCAGACCGAGAAGAUUGUUGUUGAACCCAAUGAUCCCCGCAAGGUGAUUGUUAAAAAGCUGGCCCUGGUUGUGGAGGGACGCGAUGAUAUGGAAUUGGAUCUGACCGGUGACAUUAGUCAACUGAAAAAGCAGCUUUUUGUGAUCAAAGAAGGUGUUCAGUACAAGGUGCGCAUUGAUUUUCUUGUCCAACGCGAAAUUGUUCAUGGCCUCAAGUAUGUUCAAAAGACAUCACGCUUUGGUAUGCCCGUUGUGGUCGAUAAAAUGAAGCACAUGGUUGGCUCGUAUCCGCCAAAGAAGGAAAUUCAGUUCUACUUGACGCCUGCUGAGGAGGCGCCCUCCGGCACAUUGUCUCGCGGCACUUACUCGGUCAGCUCCAUCUUCACGGAUGAUGACAAGCACAUACAUUUGGAAUGGGACUGGACGUUUGAGAUCAAAAAGGACUGGGCAUAAAGCGGGAAAACACAACACACACACACAUAAACCCUCAAGAAGCACACAUACACAACAGACACGCAGCAAACAGCAAACAAUUAUUGUUUUUUCCCCCUCAAAAUGUCAUGUAAUUAGUUUUUAUGUUUUUGUUUCAAAAUUUGUAAACGAAAGUUUCCAACAGAGAGAAAGUCAAGUAUUUUUGUGAAUGGUAUUAAAUUGCAACCGACUAUUUUUGUAUCUAAAGAGUUAAUGUAGAGCCAUGAUAAGUAUUUUUGAUAUCCCACUGGAAUGUGUGU